ACCUAGGCGCCCACAGUACAGUGCUGGGAGAAGAAACAGCAGAAACAGCAGAACAACUUAUAUCCAAAUGCUUUUGCUGUUGAACGCGACACUUCACUAAGUGCCUACAAGUUAUACGCCUCAAGCUCAUACAGUCACACUACAUCUCAAAACUAGAAGGAAUCCUUUGAAAGUGGACCAUGCAUUAAGCUUUGAAGAACUGACAGUCCUCCUGUGAGCACAACACACGAUGCCUUACCACUGUGUGGCCUAUGGAUGCGGCAAAACUGCCGAAGAUGGUGUAACACUGUUUAAAUUUCCCAAGGACCCUGAGGAGUUUCGCAAAUGGGAGAAACAGGUCCAGCGGACCCGCACCCACUGGGUUGCCUCACCCAGCUCUUACCUUUGCAGUGAGCAUUUUGGGAGGGAGUACUUUGAGUCCAGACCAGCUACAGGGACUCUGAAGCUGAGGCCAGGAGCUGCUCCAACAGUAUUUGUCCGUCCACACUGUCCAUCCUGCAGUGGAGCAGGCUGUAGUAAAUGCCUACCUGCCAUCCAACGGCGGAGCAUUACAGCUGAACCAAGAGAGCGCAGCACUAGUGGAGACCGCCAUGAAAUGACACCCAUUCAGUCUAAUAAUACUGUUGGAAGAGGUAAUGAAGAAGGUCUGGCAGGAUUAGGGCUGAAGCUGGGGGAAAAAAACAAAGAUGAUCAGCCAGUCAUGUGUGAGAUGUGUGGAACCAGCGGCACUAUUAGCUCCUUCUUUUCAAAGACGAAGCGUUUCUGCAGUAUCUCCUGCUCACGCUCCUAUUCAUCAAACUCCAAGAGGUCUUCCAUACUGGCACGUCUGCAGGGGAAAGACCCCCUCAAAAAAUCUACUGUGCUGAAUAAGAUGAAAGGGACCCAGUCAGCUCCAACAGCAGUGGAGGCGUCUCCUGGCUUUGACUGGGGCUCCUAUUUGGACAAGGAAACAUCUCUGGCUGUGUCUGUCUCCUGCUUCAGACAUGCUCCUCUUUGUGCCUACUGGGACGACAUCAGUGUUGGGAUGAAAGUGGAAGUCCUGAACACAAACGCAGUUCUUCCCAGUAAAGUCUACUGGAUCGCUACUGUCAUCCAGGUAGCAGGAUACAAAGCUCUGUUGAGAUACGAAGGCUUUGAACACGACAGUAGACAUGAUUUCUGGUGCAGCCUUGUUUCAGGAGAGCUGAACCCGAUUGGCUGGUGCGCCAUGACCAGCAAACUGCUGGUGCCGCCACAAGAUGUGAAUCCAAACAUCCCAGACUGGAAAGAGUAUCUGAUGAAGAAGCUGGUGGGGGCCCACACUCUCCCUGUUGACUUCUACCUGAAGUUGGCAGAACACAUGAAGACCUCUUUUAGAAUCGGCAUGCGGGUGGAGGUGGUGGACCCCAAACACAUGAGCCGGACACGCGUGGCCCUAAUAGACUCCAUCAUCGGCGGUCGCUUGCGGCUGGUGUACGCAGACCAAAGUGACGCUCCUGAGAACACCAUCUCUGAUUUCUGGUGCCACAUGUGGAGUCCCCUCCUACACCCCAUAGGCUGGUCCGGCAAAGUGGGUCACAACUUGAAAACACCUGCCAAUACCAUGGAAGCCUACGGUGGUAUAAGGGGUAACUCUGACAGCUCAUUCCUGCUCUUUAAAAAGCCAAGAUUUGUCUACAUGGAGGGAAGUUUCUUUGAAAAAGGAAUGAAGCUGGAGGCCAUCGACCCUCUUAACCUGGGAAAUAUCUGUGUGGCUACUGUACAAAAGGUGCUGUUGGACGGAUACCUGAUGGUGGGAAUCGAUGGCACCAUUUCAGACAUUGGCUCUGGCUGGUUUUGUUACCAUGCUUCCUCUCAUGCCAUCCUUCCAGUGGACUUCUGUAAAAAGAACAACAUCCCUCUCACUGUACCUCAAGGUUAUGACUCUCAGACCUUCACCUGGGACAAAUACUUGAAGGAGACGAAUGCUAAAGCUGCACCGGCACGACUGUUCAACGCUGACUACCCAGGUCAUGGCUUCUCCCCCAACAUGAAGCUGGAGGCGGUGGACCUGAUGGAGCCACGUCUGGUGUGCGUGGCCACUGUGAAGCGCUGCGUUGGCCGCCUGCUGCUCAUCCACUUCGACGGCUGGGAGGACGAGUUUGAUCAGUGGAUCGACCACCAGUCCCCAGACAUUUACCCCGUCGGCUGGUGUGAGCUCGUGGGCUACCAGCUGCAGCCGCCUCCUGGUCUAGUUGAUUUAGUUGAAAACCCGGUGGCGCGGAACAAGAAAACCAAGCCUUUUCUGUAUGGGAGAAAGAGAAGGAAGUACACGAGGAAGAGGCUGUCUCAGGAGCAAGCUGGAGACAGUGAAGAUCAUCAGAAUGAGGUCGCUGGCACCGACAGUCCUCGAGGUCUUCCUCCAAAAAUGCCGCUGAUCCAGCCCAAGGCCGAGCAAGAGGAGCAGGAGAUUUUUGCAGUGGAGGUGAAAGUGGAGGAGAUGGAGACCCCCAUUGAAAACCCUCCACAAUCCUCUGUGGGUGCAGUCAAACAGGAGGGUGGAGGGCAACAGGUUAGGUCAGGACUACAUCCGGAACCAGAGCAAAGCAGUUUGGGAAAUGCAGAACAUGAGAAGAUGGAGCAAAGCAAAAGUGCAGACGAAGGGGAGGAAGAGCGCAGAACGCUGGAUGAGAGCUUUACUGGUGACACUGACAUGGAGCAGAGUGAAAAUGAAGGACGACAAGUAAACCAAGAGGAGGAGAGCCAAGAAAAUGAUACCAGCACCAUGGAGGAAACACCGGAGAUGGACACAGAGCGAGACACUGCAGGAGAAGCUGAAGCAAUGAGUACAUGAGAUGAGUGUUUCUGCUUAAAGAAGGGAACGGUGGAAAAGGUGGAAGAGCAAAGAGACCGAACUGACCACAUUAAGGAGUAGAAAAAAGCCAAUGUGGGCAAAAACCAGACUGAGGUUCCUUUAGAGCAAACAAAGAGUUGUGACAGCUAUUGUAUCUUUUCAACUCUGGUGGUUUACGUUUAUAAUUCUUUAAUCCUGGCUGUGUUGGCAACACCAGUGAUCAGUUUAAACUACAUUUUCUAGAAUUCUGGGUGCAACAAACACUCCUUAAAUAGCUGUUUUAUCACAAACACAACAGAAGAGUAGCCUUUCUAUCUGUUAUGGGCACAGUGCCACAGACAAAUUCACACAAGGCUUUGCUGAUGAAGUAUUCCCAGAUCUCCAAGUACAGGUAUGCAGCUCUAGUUAGGAGAUAACGGCAGGCUUUGAAGAAGCUGAUCAUUCUUUGUUUGAGGGCCAAAAUGGCUGCUUGGCUGGUGUUAGGCAAAUGUGUAAAAAAAGUGAUGUAAAGAAGUUACUGAAGAACAGUCUGGACUAGCAGGUAAGGAGCAGUGUUUUCUGUGAGAGAGAAUAACUCAUUUUGGUUUGAACUUUGUAAGUUUUCAUACAUUUUAAAUUCACAAAAAGCAGCUACAUAACACACUAAAGGAAAGGGCAGCAGAAUAUGAGCUCUUUCAUAAAGAAGUCAGCAGACAGAAAGCAGCAUGUUCUCACCUUACUAAGAAGUUGACGUGCCGCUUGUCAGGCCAACUCAGCUUAAUUUCCACAUCCAUUAGUGAUUGAGGACCUGUGCAACGUAAAUUUAUCUCCCCAAGCCUGCAGAUCCUUCCAUGUGCAGUCCAAAAUUUGUGUCUGUAUGGUUACAACGCAACAAAGGGCAAGAGUGCUCAACAGUGCUAAGUAUGCAGGGAAUCUGUAGAUAGGACUUACUGUGCAGAUGGUGUCGAGCAUAAAUAUGAUUUAAUGCCAAAAAAGGAAACGCUUUGCAUCCCCAUGAACUUAAAACACUAAUGAUAGUGUUUCGUUGUAAAGUUGAAAUCAGAGUUCGAAAAUUAUAAACCCGGAUUAAUGGAUAUCACACAUAGGUGAAGUGUUUGACAAUGAAAGCUGGUGUUUAAAUAAACACAAUGUUAAUACAGUUGAAUGUUUGAUGCAUAAAAAUGUAAAAAGACCAGCUAUGACAGUUUUGAAACUACCUUUUGAACUACACAAUGAUAUUUCUAUUGUAUUUCUUUUUAGUUGAGUUGAACAUGUCUCACAUCAAAUCUGUAACUCUUAGUCUUUUCUGUGUUGAAAUCAGCCAAAUGUUUGUUGUAAUGGUUUAUUUUAUGUCCAGUUUUCCAUACAGAUAUUUUCUGUUUUGUCAUUAAGUGAUUAAAAAAAAAUAGUUUUCUAAAUUAA